AUGGUUGGUGUUUUAAACUUAUUGGUAAUUGUGCCACUAUUUUUUUUGCAAAAAGUUGUAACUAGUUCUGUUGACGAGCAAGAAAAUCAACAUUGUGUUUGUGUACCUUACUGGCAAUGUAAAGAAGACUAUAGCGGACUGGUUGAAGAUGGAGGGGAGGUCAUGGAUAUAAGAAAAGAAAGGGAAACCAGCAAUGAUUAUGAGGCUCCUUGUACCAACGAUUUUGACGUUUGUUGUCCAGUCGAAUGCGGAAACAGGAAACUUUCUAGUAAUGACAUUUUGACUGCAAGACAAUUUGAGGAAGAAGUUUUUGGAUUCAGGAUUCUUGGAGAAAAUAAUGAAGCCGAAUUUGCCGAAUUUCCUUGGAUGUUAGGAAUUUUGGAAGGAAAAACAUAUAGAUGUGGUGCAUCUUUGAUACAUCCACAAGUUGCUGUGACAGCUGCUCAUUGUGUAAGCAAACAAGGAGUUUAUAAGAUUAGAGCAGGAGAAUGGAACUGGGAAUCUAGCUCUGAACCUGUGCCACAUCAAGACCAGCAUGCAAAAAAGAUUAUUAUUCACCCGCAAUUUCAUCCAGCAUCGCUUCGAAAUGAUAUAGCAAUCAUCAUCUUGAAAUCCCCCUUCAAACUAAGCGAAAAUAUUGGAUUGAUAUGCUUACCUUUUCGAGGGGCACAAAUAGACAGUAAGAGCUGCGUGGUUUCAGGCUGGGGUAAAAACUCACAUAAAAAAGGAACCUAUCAGUCGACUUUGAAAAAAAUGGACUUACCUUUGGUUCCCAGAAACCGAUGCGUGAAGACAUUACAAGACAAGAAACUCGGUCCAUUUUUCAGCCUUCACCAAAGUUUUAUUUGUGCAGGGGGAGAAUCUGGAAAAGACACUUGUAAAGGUGAUGGUGGAAGUCCGCUAAUGUGUCCUGUUAUGGGAAAACCUGGGAAGUAUCAUCAAGUUGGGAUCGUGUCUUGGGGCCUAACGUGCGGGAUGCAAAAUACGCCGGGAGUGUAUGUUAACGUUAUGAUGUUCGUAGAUUGGAUUGACACCGUUUUAAAAUCACAUGGCUUUGAUACUACUGUAUAUAAAUAUAGAUGA